UCUUGUUUUGGGCUCUUCACUCGAGCAGCAACCAAAACAGUGUUGAGGCAGCCACUCAAUCAGCAAACAGCAGAAGUAUUAGGAAAUUUGCAGCGGAAGCUUGAACUCUUUCUGAGCAGUGACCUCACUCACGCGUACCCAUCAAUAUCAUAAGGGUCGGGUGUAAUCUCAUAGAGCUGGUCAUGACCCAUUUGUAUAGCCUCAGAAAUGCAUCUAUUCUCAAAUGGGUUUCUUCAAAUAUUGCUCAAAACCACCUUAGAUCAUCAAGAACCCCACUUCAGCCAAUCGGGUCUUUCUCCAAUUCUCAUGCCAUCGGGCUUUACAGUACCAAAACAGCUCUUGAAGCUGAAAACUUGGAUAUAACUUCGACUUCUAGUGGAAAAAAUGGAGGGGGGAUUUCUAGAGUUAUUCGAAAAGAAGCCCAGGCUGCAUUGUUGGAGUAUUUGCACUGUACUAGGGGCUUGCAGUUCAUGGAUGCAGAGAAUAUGAGUAAAAACUCCCCGCAGUUUCUCAACAAGCUUUUAAGAAGUGUUGAUGGUGAAACUGAUAAUGAAAUUGGGGGGUUGAUUUCCCGGUAUUUGAGGUACCACCCCAUUAAUGAAUUUGAGCCUUUCUUUGAGAGCUUGGGAUUAAAACCAUCAGAGUAUAUCCCCCGUCUUCCUCGGAAUUUGAUGUUCUUGACCGAUGAUGGUUUGUUGCUUCACAAUUAUACUGUUUUGUGUAGUUAUGGGGUUUCACGUAGCAAGAUAGGAAAGAUUUAUAAAGAAGCAACAGAAGUGUUUCGAUAUGAUUUUGAGGUGUUGCUGUCGAAACUUCAGGCUUAUGAAGAACUAGGUCUCAGCCAAUUUGCUUUAGUUAAGUUUAUUGUUUGCAGCCCUUAUAUUUUAGUUGGGGAUGUAAAUGUGCCAUUUGUUAAGGUACUAGAAAAGUUGAAGAGUUUGGGGUUUGAGACCUAUUGGAUUGAAAGGAAUUUAUCAGAAGAGAAUAUUUAUAGUUGGAGCCGGAUGCUUGAAGUGCUAAGGUUGUUUAAUGAGAUGGGUUGCAGCAACGUGCAGUUGGUUGAAUUACUUGGCCAGCAUCCGGAUAUUUUAUUUGAGAGUUCAGGAGAAACGACACUGCUGUUAAUUGGGUUCUUACUGAAGUUUGGAUCCACAAGGAGCCAAAUAUGUUCAAUGUUUCUGCAGUUUCCACAAAUUCAGAUUAUGCAAUUUGUUCUGAAUUUGAGGAAAUGUGUUUUGGUCCUAAAUGAGAUUGAGAUGGAGGUUGCAGAGAUUCAGAUGAUUGUUUGUUCACACCCCCUGCUACUGGGUUCGUGUGCUCUGAAAAGCACUAACAGCUUACUUUCUUACUUGAAGAUUGGGAAGAAGCGUCUGUCUAGGUACAUACAGGAGAACCCUGAAGCAUUAAAGAAAUGGGUUCUAGGUAGAAGAGUUGAGCCACUUCCAGACUCGGAAGAGGACUCAAAGGGAAAGAGAAUUAAGUUCUUGUUAGACAUAGGAUUUGUAGAGAACUCGAACAAAAUGAAAGAAGCACUAAAGCUAUUUCGAGGCAAGGGAGGGGAACUUCAAGACAGAUUUGAUUGUAUAGUGAAUGCUGGUUUAAAUCGCCAGGAUGUCUGUAAAAUGAUUAAAGUAUCCCCUCAAAUUCUUAACCAGAAAAGGGAUGUGUUACAAAUGAAGAUUGAUGUUCUUGUAAAUCAUCUGGGUUAUCCUGUAUCAUCUUUGGUGAACUUCCCAUCAUAUCUAUCCUAUACAACUCAAAGGGUCAAGCUCAGAGUAUUCAUGUACAAUUGGCUCACUGGUCAAGGAACAAUAGCCCCUACACUUGCCUUGAGCACUGUCGUUGCAAUGGCAGAGAAAACAUUUAUAUCGCAAUAUGUAAAUCAUCAUCCUUGUGGUCCUCAAGUUUGGCAGGAAUUGAAGGGUAAAAUGUAUUCUUUAUAAUAAACUAUUUUUGCACCCCUUCUGUGGUUCUGCACAAUUGCAUUGCUGACGAUCCCGAGUUGGUACUGACACAUUUGUUUCUUUUUCUCUUACAUGUUGACAUCUUUUGAGGAUUAACAGUUCUCGGGUGAUAUGGCACGUAAGAAUAAGUAGAAACAGAGUAUAUGCAAGUAUUAACACCAAUUUAUUUCAACUUUUAAGUCUAAUAAUCUUUAUCCUGAGUUGAAUGACCAUCUGAGUUUUACACAGAAUGCUAAUGUUAUAUUGAAUCAUCCGACUAAAACCAAUUGACAAUUAGGUAGAGUUCCCACAUUUUUGAGUAUUUUGUGUACAUGGCUUUAAAUGCCAAUUCUGAAUCCCUUCUAAGUGUUGUGUAACUGAACCAAAUAUGUGGAUCAAUAUAUUAGUUGACAAUGACAUGGAGCAGGGUUGUUAUAUUGAGUUUCAAACAUAAAUAACUUACCUGAUCUGGUACCAUGAUAGAGUUGGAGCAUGCAAUACAAACUUGAUUGGCAAUCAGUGCAUAGGUUGGAAUGUAUACCUGUGUGGAUGACAAUGCCCUAUUUGGGAUUUUAUUCUCUGAACAUUAAAGAGAUAAAUGAUUAAGUAAUGUCAUUUUUGCUAUAAUGCAAAUUUUUUUCUUCUUUUACACAUUCUCAGUUGAGUUUCUGUUGGAUGUGCACAUUUCUCUUGGUCUUGCUAAGCUUUGCAAAUAGGAAAUUGCAUUUUCACAUACUUGAUAAACUGAGUUAUCCUCAUAACCCUCUGAUCCUUUAUUCCCCACUUCUACUUUUUUUUUUUUUCUUCAUAUCCUUUAUUCCCUUUUUGACAUUGUAAGACUUGGAAGUAAUCUGGUUUAACUUGUGUUACAGUGUUAUAAAUGGCUCUAGUGAAUUGACCUUACUCUAUUUUGAUGUUGCUGUAUAAGGAUAAACGUUUAGUACAGCAACCGUUAGCCUAGUUUAAAGAAAAUUUCAGCUAUUAUGAUAUACACCUUUUUCUUUCAAUGAUUUUGAAUUUCUCGCCCAUCAGUUUCCAGAAGAACUUCUACUGUUUUGAAAACAGAAGCUGCACAUAUUUGGUUCAUGCUUGAUCUGCAGGAUGGGACUGGAUCUGUGCCGACCUCGGCAUAAUAGCUAACUGUGAAUGUGGAUACAGGGCACUUAACAAGUGUUUAUUUCAAAUUUCACCUUCUGAAAUCAUUUUGGAAUGAACAUCCGAAUCCGUUAGUGAAUUUUACCAAUCAAAAUGCUUUUGGAGGCUUAGGAGUUAGGAUAGAGAGCGACAGCAGCCCAAGCACUUGAUGUGAGGAGGUUGUUCCCAGAAAGAUGAUCCAGGGUCUGCGCUAGAAGUAGCAAAUCUAUGAAAAGGACCACCUUGAAUCUUGGCUUUUGAACAAAUGUUAUGACCUGAGCUUAUUGAGCAAAAUAGCUAUUGUAUGGAAAACUAGAACUCUAAAAGGUACA